AUGAGUAAUCCAAUGAAUACCAAAUAUACGGCAUGGAAACAGAUGGUACAUAGAUGGCAAGCCCGUCGUGACAUCCCCUUCCGUAAACGUUUUUUCGUCGGAUAUGACCUUCAUGGAAAUACCUAUUGGGAAUUCACCAAUGAUGGAAACAUGCAAAGAUUACGUAGAAAACUCGAACCAUUCAAGCCUGAAUUCUAUGAAGCUGAUUAUUUCAAAAGCAUCCCUCCACAAUGGUUACAAUGGUUAAGACGUACUAGGAAUACGCCGCCUAGUUUACAGGAACUUGUGGAUGAUCAGGUGAGACAACUGAGGAUUAAGAUAUUGGCAAAGCAGCUGGACGAGAGGUGGCAUAUGGAGAAAUUGAGGUUGGAUCAAGAGGAGAAUAUGAAGUUGAGAAAGGAGUUGGAAAAAGUUGAAAGGGAAGCUAAGGAGUUUAAGCAGGUGAAAUCAGAAGAGGCAGACCCUUGGAAACUUGCGGAUGAAUCAAAAGAUAAAGAUCCAAUACAAUCAGCUACAAUUAAACCAAGAGCCGAGGAGCCAAUAGAAGACCCCUGGAAACAAGCUGAUGAGUCGAAAGAUAAGGACCCAAUACAAUCAGCUACAAUUAAACCAAGAGCCGAGGAGCCAAUAGAAGACCCCUGGAAACAAGCUGAUGAGUCGAAAGACAAGAAUCCUAUAGAAUCAGCAUCAAUCAAACCCAGGAAAUAG